AUGGCUACCAUCAAGGGCGAACUGGGCAUCUUCCCAGUUUCGCCAGACCGCAAGCACCCCUACUUUAUCUCGGGCGACCUCUCCUCGACCAAAGCUCUCAUCUUUAUCGGCGGUCUCUUCAAUGGCAUGAGCGAUGUCCCGUACCUCCCUGCUCUCUCUGAGGCCCUGGGUACCGCUGGAUGGAAGUUUGCCCAAUUCCACUGGACUUCUGCCUACGAAGGGUUCGGCACCUCGUCGCUCGACACGGACGUGCGCGAGCUCUCAGCCCUCGUUGCGCACCUUCGUGAGAAUGGAGCCACCAAGGUGGUCAUCAUGGGCCACUCUACCGGCUCGCAGGACGUGAUCCACUACCUGACUGCCAGAGCGCGUGGUGUCACUCUCGCGCCUGUUGACGGCGGCAUCAUGCAGGCGCCAGUGUCCGACCGCGAGCAUUUCGCGAUUGACGCGUCGACCGCUUCGUGGACGGCGGCGCUUCCCCGCGCCACAGAGCUCGUCAAGGCUGGAAAGGGGUCGGAGAUCCUCGAGGCAGACCUGGGACUGCGGAUGAGUGCGUACCGCCUCUGGAGUCUUCUCUCGCCAAGCGGCGAAGACGACUACUUCUCCUCCGACCUGCCUAUUGAGGCCGACGGCGUGCAUGCGCACCCCCUCUCUGCUUCAUUCGGCAAGCUCGCUUCGCCCGCCCUCGCUCUCUUCAGUUCCAAAGACGAGUACGCACACGUUGCCGACAUUCCGGCCCUCCUCGCCCGAUGGACACAGGUGGCGUCUGGAUCUCCUGGUCAGCUGUCGACGCACAUUAUCGAGGGAGCAACCCACGCUGUCGACGAUGCGAGCUUGCAUCCGCUACUCACAUCCGCUGUUAUUGGCUGGCUUGGGCAGUCCAUUCAGCUUUAG